CCGCGCCACUGUCGCCACUCGCCGCGCCGCAUCGCGCUGGUUGCACGUUGUUACGGGGUAUUGCUGUCAGCCCUCUCCAACCGUAAACCGCAUUUAGAACUUUACUGACCUGUGAACAAUCGCAAAUAACACUCUCACAUCUGUGAAUAAGAACGUUUUGUGCCCCAUUGCAGUGAACUGAAGAACUUGUGUGUUACAAAACAGUGUCUAAAAAACGCAAUCUCUUCUAAGCAUCUCUGUGAGCCGGCCCUCUCGUCGCGUGUAAUAUUUUUGACGAAGGAGAUUCGUAAUUUGUGGUACAAGGGAUGCGUGCAAUGGACGGUAGAGUUGGACAGUGAACCUAGUGGUGUGCGAACUGGUGGCGAGAUGAUGUGAGACAGUUGUUGGUGAAGUGUCACAAUGCCGUCGGACAGUGGGUCUGCGUGGUCGCCACCGGCGUCCAACAGCGAGAGGAGGCUCAGCAACUCUUCCGAUGGCAGCGCCGGCAGCGGCUACUCUAAAGCUACAACAGACAGCGCGGACUUCCUGGCGACGCGGCCGCACACGGCCGGAGUGUUGCCGGGCAAGCCUGCGGGCAACCCGCUGCAGUUCGUGCGCGUCGGCCCUGCGGACCUGGGUUCCCGUGCGCGUGAGCAGCUGCGCAGAGCUGAGCUCGCCAAGCGCACGGAGCCCGCGCGGGUCGAGCGCCAAGAAGACUGGCAGUCGGUCAGUAUUGCCAUGAACCUGGACAAUUGGAAGUCGUCGCGACGAAAGCGAGUAGAGCACAUAAUAGAGCGGUGUGUGGAGGUGCGGCGCAUGGAGAACGAGCCGAGCCAGCCGCGGACUAAGUCCAAAACCUUCAACGAGAUGCUUGAAGAAAGAGCCGGUCGCAGAAGGCGGAACCCGCUGGCGCUGUACACGGAAGAUGACGGGCACGACCUCAGUGACCUUGGCAUCGGCACCUCCAGCACCAAGAGCAGCCUCAGUGAGGACUGCGACACACACAGCCUCGCGAGUGACGGCAUCGACCUGGAUAAAAACCAUUCAGACGUUGACAAUCUUUCAAACUGCGAAAACAAUCGUAAGCUGGGGUCAAGCGCUAAUGAAUACGAUACCUGCACGACCACGACCAUCAGCUCUCCAGAACCCGAGGAGUAUACUUAUGAAGGCGCUAUUGAAGGCUACAAAUCGAGGAUCAUAUCACAGACAAAUAGUAACAUCGUUAAAACAGUUGUUAAUAACAACUUCAAAGAGAAAUCGCCUGAUAAAAUUAACGGUGAUUUGAACAGGAUUAGAACAACGGUUAGCAACAAAAUUGAGCAAAAAGUUUCAUCUUUCCAAAAUGAAAGGGUUACUGAUGCCAAAAACAAUAACCUUAAAAAGGACUUGCCGAAAGUCGACAUACAUAAACGACGGGAGCAAUUUGAAAGAGAAAAUUCACAAGAAUUGCAAAUAAACAAACCAAAAUUGCCUGAUAUAGCGAACAAAAAGUCUAUAAAGGAGAGAUUAUCCAGUUUAGAAAAGUUUACAGAAGAAUCACAAGUCCAAAAGUCUACAAGUGACCUGACAAAACUACCCACUGAAGUUAAACCUUUAAAAGAACGUUUAUCAUCGCUUGAAAAAAUAAAAUCUGCAUCUACAGAAGUCGACAAAGCUAAAAGGCUUUCUAAUGGCGACCUCAGUCACACAAAGUCUGUAAAAGAACGUUUGUCGAGUCUUAAAUCACAAACUUCUGAGGAAGAAGUGAAAUCCUUAAAGACAGAAGUUAAAGAAGUGUCCAUGAGUCUUAAGGAACGUCUAUCCUGUCUUGAUGCUGCAAAACACAAGGAAAUUCCCAAAAUAUCAGUUGAAGAAGAUAUUGUUAAAAAUGAAAAGAUAGAGGAAAAAGAUAAUGACUUAAAACAAAACUCUUUGAAGUCCAGUCUGUCCGGAAUUGAAAACCAAAUGCAAAGUUUUUGUCGUUCACUUGAUAGUUUGGAUAUUAAUGGGCAGUCCUCUCCGAACUCUUUCGAAAGAGUCCAGAGCUUAGAAGACUUCGAUUGUGCUGAGAUGCAAAACAAUACUGUUCCAAGUGAUAUCGAAACUGAAGAUAGUGGAAUACACACGGCAAAAGACUCAUGCGCUCCGGUUGACGACAUCGCAGAUUUAACUCAAGUUGCUUCUCCUAUUGGAGAACCGAUGGUCGAAGUUUCAGAAUACGAGUCUUCUAACGAAGACGGUGCAGUGCUUAUUGAGCCGUCAAAAAUCGAGGAACCAGCAGAAAAAACUACAGAGACUAUUCAAACAAUAGUGCAAGAUAUCAUUGUUGAAGAAGUGGAGGACCAAGACAGUAAAGCUGAAGACACAGACAGCGGCAGCAACUACGUCCAAGCAGUCUCGCAACCAGAAGAAGUUAGCGUUACAGAAGAAGUAACUGAAAUACAGAUGGACAAAGAAGACGAAGACACCCUUAAGAGUUUGGACAAUCAAGAUACUAGUGUAAGUCUAAAUGAGCCAGUGUCUACCGCAUCGGAGGGAGACACAGUGGUGUUUGAGGGGAAGAUGACAAUACAUUUGAACUUGAAUGAAAUUUGCAACAAUAUGAACGCUGGUGCUGGGAAAAUUUCUAACUGUACGGAAAUUAGUUCUACUAACAAUUCUACUAACUGCAAAAGCAUGCCGAUGGUCAUUGACGCUUUGGAGUUGGCUUUUAAAGAAUUAGACUCGGAAGAUAGUUUUGCCAACAACAGUACUAUGAAUGACAGCAAGGAGGCACAAAAUGGGAGCAGUACAGAGAGUAAACCAUCCAGUAGUAAUGAGCCUCUGAUUGACUUUGACUCGGACACGAAGAUAUCGGUGGCGCCAUUGUACGAAAACGUCUUCUAUCAGAAUACCAUGGAUGAUUCUUCCGCCUUCCCACUGGACAUGCCAACCAAUGUCUUGGAGCCACCGAAAGAGAAACCACCUCCACCACCGACUGACGAUGAACCAGAGAACGACGAACUACUUGGAAAUGGGAAUUUCAAGCACACUAGUUCUGCAAGACGCAUUAAGAAAGAGAUUCGCAACAAGCGAACUAGCUUCUUGGGCAUUGAGGGUCAGGUCGACGACAGCUACCUCGACGCGGACCUCGCGCUGGUACCCAGACCCGACAUCACAUCGUUCCUGCAAGAAGAAACUAAGAUAGAGAAGCUUCUGUACAAGAAGACACUCUCUCACGACAUGGACGUCAAGUUGAGGGAGAGCCGCGACUCGGGAGUAGACGUGGACAGAGGUCCGUCCGCAGAGGCCUGGUACAAGGGACAGUCUUCCCCGGAAACCUCGAAUCCUCAUAGUCGUCAGAAUAGCGAGCCAUACACCCACGUAACUGUAACUUCAGAUGAAGAGGAAGCAGCAAAGAAACAAAAAGAAGAGAACUUCUCAACUAACCUGACGUCCAAACUAUCUGACCUAACUGACUCGACGGCGCAACUAGACGAAAAUAAAAUAGAGACAUUGGAUAAAAAACUGCAACAACAACAGGAAGUACUGCGAUUCGAAAGGGAGCUCCUGCAGUUGGAACAAGAAGAACUGCGGAGACAGAGAGAAAACUUGCUGCGAGAUCAAACUAGAAUUAUACAGAAAUCCGUACAGGAUGUGUCCACAGUGCCCAACACCCCAGAGAAGCCUUUACACAAUAGGCCACCAAAAACAGGCAAUCAGAACUACAGGCAUUCCAUGCCAAAUCUGUUGGUGAACGAGAGUUAUGCUCUGGUUGCGCCGGCGAUACCUGAGAGGCCAGUGUUCGACGAGAAUAUGAAGAGGAAACCUUUUGUGUCGGAGGAACACAUACAGAGACACUUCGGAGUGGAGGAAAGUAGGAAGGUUCUGUACAACGACCGAGUGAAGGUCGCUGAAGUAAGGCGACAGGUGCCGAACGUGGUGAGACCGCCGCAGCCCAUACUGCCACCUAAGCCAAAAAGUCGAGAGUCAAUAGAGAGAGAAAUCACAAUGAGGAGCAGUCGCGUACCGUCAGCGGUGGAGUACGUGAAUGUUGAUCGAACGACUGUACAGUUGCGACAGAAGCCAGUCCCUCCUGCUCAGGCCAGCAACAAUGGGCAAUACCACCCUAUGACCAGACAUACACUGCAGGCUUUAAGCGCUGCCCCUACGCCUAAGCUGAUAUCAAAUGCGGAUUGGAUGCAGGCGCGGAACAGAAAACCUGCGAAUUACAAUUACAAUCAGCACUGGCUCAUACAGGAAGCAGAACAAAGACGGAUAGAGGAACAAAGAAACAAGAUGCGCCCAAAUCAAAGACAUUCGUACCACCAAGACAUGGCACCGCCCACUUUACACAACAUGCAUCCAUUGAGCGCCAGCCAUCAGCAGUUGCCGCAGGAGUUGAAGAGGACAGCGCGGGAGCAGCCGCGGGCCGAGCCCCCGCGAGAGGAGAAGCUGCUCAGCGUCAGCGGGCGGAGGAAGUGUUCCCACUGCGGGGAAGAACUAGGUCGAGGAGCUGCGAUGAUAAUAGAGUCACUGUCGCUGUGCUACCACGUGUGGUGCUUCAACUGCGCAGUGUGCGGCACGCGGUUGGGCGAUGGGCGCGCGGGCGCCGACGUGCGCGUGCGCGGCAACCGCCUGCACUGCCACCAGUGCUACUCCGGCGACGACGGCAGGAAGUACUCCUGUGUCUAAACUAAACCCACCCACGAGAUACCUGCCUGCGCCGACCUGCCCGACGCGUUCAGACCUCGGUCAAUUCAAUGUCAGUGACGAACAAUAUGGCAUUGCACUCGACAUAAACAAUCACUAUUGCCUCGCGAUUGUUUUAUUUCUAUCAGUAAUAUUUUUAUUUACUUAUAAAUAUUUUGUCAUGAUUCAUAGAAAUACUUGGUGUGGAUUUAACAUUAUACUUUUUUUACGUUUCGUUUUUCAACACCUUACGUGAUUUUAUUGCAUAAUAUUAAACAUCAGUUUAUGCUAAGCACGCUAAACAAUAAUGUACAUUAUAAUAAGACUUCUGACUUCCA